CUCUGUAAGCAUCGAAUCCAGCAAUCCUAUAUGUAUGCACAUUGUUUCGUGUGCAUAAAUGUACAUUCAUAUGAUGUAUGGAUGUGUGACACAACCCUGUGACCAUACCAUGCAGUUGGCUCGGUGAUGUCAUUUUACUGAUUGGAUUUCAACACUUGUCAUUUGCGACGUACAAUAUUAAAAUAUCCGCAGCAAAUAAAUACUGGUAAGGAAAUAUCAAGGAAUGGCUGAAAAUGCAGGUGGUUCAAAUGCGGAAGAGAAAGGCACAGCAUCAGCCAUGACUCGGUGCUACGAAAAUUAUAUAUUAGUGGAUGUUGGUGCCAAUUUAACUAAUAAGAAGUAUAGUAGAGACUUGGAUAGUGUUAUCCAAAGAGCUAAAGAUGCAGGUGUGCAGAAAAUUAUGGUAACUGGAGCAAGCAUUCGCUCCAGUAAAGAAGCUUUACGUUUGACAAGAAUUUACCCUGGAACGUUAUAUUCCACUGCAGGGGUACAUCCUCAUGAUGCAAAAUCCUGGGAAGAACCAGAAACCCCACAGGAACUUGAAAGCAUAGCUUCUAAUCCUGAAUGUGUCGCGAUAGGAGAAUGUGGAUUAGAUUACAAUCGUGAUUUUUCAGAUCCAGACACACAGCGUUCCGUUUUCCAUAAACAAGUUGAGUUAGCCUGCCGGUUGAAUAAGCCUCUUAUAAUUCAUGAACGAGGAGCACAAAGCGACGUUCUAGAAGUACUUAGUCAUUAUACAAACCGUCUACCAUCGGUACUAAUUCAUUGUUUCACCGGAACUGCAGAGGAAGGUCAAAUCUAUCUAAACGAAGGGUUUUACCUAGGCAUUACCGGUUAUUUAUGUAAGGAUAAAUCAGACAGUGGUGUAAGGCAGUUACUAGAAGGAGGCCAAGCACCUUUAGAACGAAUUUUAGUGGAAACCGAUGCCCCGUUCAUGUAUCCUAAUACAAGAGCCAGUAAAUUGCCCUCUCGUGUCAAGGAUGCUCUCACCGAAAGAUCAAUGACUUUUCUUCAUCGUUAUUGUACCUUUCAACGUAACGAGCCCUGUGCCUUGCCAGCUAUAGUUGAAAUGGUAGCUGCAUUCAUGCAGUCUACUCCUGAAGAAGUUGCAUUGGCCACUGCUUUUAGUGCUCUUAAGCUAUUUGGUUUGAACCAAUGAUCUUUACUUCUUGUUACAACUCGAUAAUAAAGAUGGUGCUAAUCGGUGCUCCAGACAGAUUCUGGUUGUGUUAUCCAUAGGCAGCUUUUCUUCAUAACCUGAGAUUGCAAUUAGACGUUUUUUUUUUUUUUUAACAAAUUAAUUUGAAUAAUAACAUUUAUAUCAUUUAUGCUUUGCAAUUUUUACUAUAUCUAGAACUACAUCUUUUAUAUCUAGAAUUAAAAUUUUAUAUGAAUGUAUUUCUUCUCAUUUUACAUGGAAAAUAUUUUUUUCCGUAUCACUUCGAUUUCCCAGUUAUGCUGUGACUCAAGAUGCAGAACUCGACAGUCUAAUUACAGAGGUUAUAGUCUAUGAAAAAUGGCGAUGUUUAAAAAAGGCCGCGAGAAAAGACAGUGAAACGCUUCUCGGAUUAGAAUUCACUGUCUGAAAGUCUACAAAAAUGAUGUAGUCUCAUUUGCGAACAAUAUUGCAUUAUGCAUUUGAUGCGAGCAAAGUUAGUUUCACAUUGUACUCAUAUUUAGAGCAUACGCGAUCGAACUAUUAUUAUAUUUUAUUGUUGCUGUUACAUAUUUUCAUAUAAAUAAAUUGUUAUAAAGAUAAAA